AUGCAUCAAAUUGUAGAUGUUAUAAAAUUGAUAGGAAAACGGGGACUUAGCUAUUACAAUAGAAAUAAUGAAGCCGCUUGUACAUUAAAUGAUACUUCUUUAGACCAUGGCAAUUUUUUGGAAAUUAUUAUUCUUCUAAGUAAAUAUGAUGAAGUUAUAAAAUGUUACUUAGAUAAAUUUAUAAAAAAAGUACUAAGAGUCACAAUGCAGGUUCUUCUCAAGGCGGUGGGGUUAUUACACUAUUGCCAAUGACCACUAUUAAUUAUAUUAUUGAAGCUAUCUGUCAAAAAAUCAAAGUUGUAAUGUUUGAAGAAAUUUUAAAGGCCGGUAUGUAUACCGUUCAACUCUAUACAACUCAAGAGAUAUAUCUGUAGUUGAUCAAUGUUCGGUUAUUAUUCGCUGUUAGUGGUACUACUAUUCAUGAAAGAUUAGUCGGUAUUGUCAAAUGUACCUCUAGUAAAGGAAUCAAUGUGGUUGAAUUAAUUUUGAAAGUUUUCAAUAGCUUGAACUUGGAUCCCAAAAAGUGUGUUGGUAAUUCUACUGACGGAGCAGCAAAAAUGCAGAGGGAGUACCAUGGAUUUUCUGCUCAGCUGAGUAAUGUGGCAAAAAAACAAAUACAUAUAUGGUGUUGCACUCAUGUUUUAAACUUAGUUAUUGGUGAUGUAACUAAUGAAAUUCUUCAGUCUAUUAAUUUGUUUGGAAUACUCAAUGGAUGUGCUGUUUUUAUUAAAGAAUCCCAUAAGUGUAUGGAUGUGUGGACUAAUAAAGAAAAGAACAAAUGA